UUCAGGCCUGAAUGACCCAUAAGUGACAGAAUGUGCGUCUCUAAUUGGCUCCCAACGAUCUCUCCCAGCGAUAUAAGGUGUCUCUAUGGAUGAGCCGCCCACCCUAGUGCAGCUGAACGUGGAGUCCAGGCAUCGUUGUAACUCCUUGACCGAGGAUCAUGAAGCAUCUUCUUCUUAUGACGUUGGCAGCCGCCAUUUGUAAUGUCGACGCAGGCAGCAAGAAGCUGAUGAGGAUGAUGGCUAUGAACGGGAUGAUGAACGGAGCUAACCCCGCCAUGAUGGGAGGAGGAGGCUUCGCUCCCGGGAUGAUGGGAGGAGGAGGGUUCGCUCCCGGGAUGGUGGGAGUAGGAGGCUUCGCUCCUGGUAUGAUGGGAGGAGGAGGCUUCGCUCCCGGGAUGAUGGGAGGAGGAGGCUUCGCUCCUGGUAUGAUGGGAGGAGGAGGCUUCGCUCCCGGUAUGAUGGGAGGAGGAGGCUUCGCUCCCGGUAUGAUGGGAGGAGCAGGUGCUGGUUUUGCUGGCCAGCCAGUGGCCCAGUUUGUUCAAGGGGCUCCUGCCUACGCCUAUCAACCCCUGGCCCUUCCUCCCUCACCCGUUGGUGUCUCCAAUGUUUUCCCCGUCCCUGCAGCCAACACUGUUCCUUAUAUGGGCGUUCCUCAAAUGGCAGGAUUCAACCCCCUUCAACAACAGGGUGUACCAGCAGGGGGUGCUUUGCCUCAACGUUUCAAGCGUCAAAUCAUGAAACAGCGGAAUACUGCAAUGGAAACUCAGAUUCAGACUCCACCUGAGAUGCAAACAACAGCCAUUCCCUGUGACGUCCACAAGGAGAACAACUAAAAUAAUGUUUUAAUAAACUGGAGACAUAAUGGCUAUAAUUGGCUUGAAAUAAAGGCUUAAAAUAAAGUGACCUUAUGCAUGCACCAUGUUUUUGGACUAUCUAAAACAUCCAGAAAGAAUAUUGAAUCAAAUGAGUGAUGUUUCUAAAGCAAUUUUCUAUGAAUA